UCACUCUUGAUCUAAACGGUCAUCGCCAUUGCUGUCACUGAACUUGUCACACUCAGUAUUCAUCACUUGUCUACGUUGUAUUGGGAUCAUGUCUACCUACGCUAAUAUGAACCAGUACGAUAAAGAUCUGAUCAUCAGAUUCCCCCUGAACUUUGAAAUCUGGGCCCCUCCCCGCCAACGUGCUACGUGCCGAUACUUCACCAUCCUUGACCCCCUGUCUGAACUGCCCGCCUCCCACACCCCUACCCCCGUGUCCACCUCCGUGUCCCUCACCAGCCCCACCCUCCCUGAUGCCUCCCACUUCGAAGAGAUUGACCUCCACGAGGAAGUCACACAGCCCCAGUCCACUGUGAGAACCAUCAGAUCUCGUGUGACCGGCUUCUUCAGGAGUGUGUUCCGUGCUCGCAAGAUGGACGCUUGAAUCAGUGACAUCUUGUGACAUUGUCUUAUUUAGAUCACAGUGCU